GACAGUCACUUGAUCGUGUGAUGGAGAACACCUUGUUAUAUGGGCAGUGCCCAAGGUCACAAACAGAUAUAAAACAGAUGUUUCCCGCUGUGUCCUCUUUGCAUCACAAUGAAGUCCAUCUCACUCCUGCCUCUGCUUCUGGCCGUUGGCUUUGUUUCUACUCACCGUCAGCCCAGAAAUCUUUUGCAAUUCAGACAGAUGAUAAAAUGCACAAUCCCUAACAGCAAACCACUUGAAGACUUCAAUGAUUAUGGUUGCUAUUGUGGACUGGGUGGCUCUGGAACUCCUGUUGAUGACCUUGACAGAUGCUGUGAGAUUCAUGACAACUGCUAUGCAGCCUCGAGGAAAGUUGAAAACUGCAAUCCCAUCUUUGACAACCCAUAUAUGGAGUUUUACUCUUACAGCUGUGAAAAUAAUGUAGUCACCUGCUCAAAUAAAAACAACCCCUGUGAAACGCACAUCUGCGAGUGUGACCGGAAUGCUGCACUCUGCUUCUCUCAAUCAACUUAUAAUGAGAAACACAAGAACCUGGACAAAAAAAUGUAUUGCCAGUAGCCAAAUUUGAGGACCUGAUAACAUAUUGCCCAAUCAUAAUGACUACAUUGUCUAUUAAUUCCUGAAAUUAGCAAUAGCUAUAUGUGUCUUUAAAGAGACAUUAAACUCCAAAUAUUACAAUGCAUGAAAUAUUUCAUUAAUGAAACUAUAACAUUAAAUAUUUAUUUUUCUGCCUUUUGUUGUAAAAUAUAUCUGAAAAUGUUGCGUUUUUCACUAUCUACUAAAGUUUUCUGUCCCCCCUCA